AGAAGAGAGGAGCAGGGAGAGCAGAGAGAGCGCGAGGACAAGAAGAAGAAGAAGAAGAAGAGUGAAGUUUCUUCUUCUUCUCUGCAGCUGCGCGACUCUGUCAUGAUCUCAGAGAAGAACCAGAGCCACAACCAGAACCAGAACCACAGAGCAGUCCGUUGAAAUAAAGAAGAAGCGCAGCGAGCGUCGGAUCCUCGUCUGAUUCAACAUGAACCUGCGACUCUUCAUCGUCCUCUGUGUCGCGGUGCGACACGCACACUCUGCGGCCUGUAACGGAUGUGCAGGAUCUAAAUGUGACUGCAGAGGAGUGAAAGGAGAGAAGGGUGAACGGGGUUUCCCGGGUCUCACCGGACAACCAGGGGUGCCAGGUUUCCCCGGACCUGAGGGACCAAUCGGAGGCAGAGGAGAGAAGGGCAGUGAUGGACCUCAAGGACCUGGAGGUCCAAAAGGAAUUAGAGGUCCUCCUGGAUUACCAGGAUUCCCAGGAACUCCAGGACUUCCUGGUCUGCCGGGUCAGGACGGACCUCCGGGCCCGAGAGGAGUGGCGGGCUGCAACGGGACAAAGGGUGAACGAGGUUUCCCCGGGGCAGGAGGAAUUCCCGGAACGCCGGGAUUAUUGGGUCCACCGGGUCUGCCCGGGCCAAAGGGAGACCCAGGUGACAUCAUCUCCACCAAUCGGUUUGGACAGAAAGGAGGAGUGGGAUUACCGGGAUUACCAGGAGCUCCUGGAUUACCAGGUCCUCCUGGAUUACAAGGUCCAAGUGGUCCUCCAGGACCCACAGGAUACGAGGGUCGUCCAGGUCCUCCUGGUUCUCCUGGACCUAAGGGAAACAUGGGUUUGAACUUCCAAGGACCCAAAGGAGAUAAGGGUGAACAGGGUUUACCGGGACCUCCUGGUCCUCCAGGUCAGGUGGGAGAGCAGCAGCGACCGCCAGUGCACGUGAUUCAGAGAGGAGACAAGGGAGACCCUGGACCUCCAGGCCCCCGAGGUGAUCCAGGUUUUCCGGGCGCUCCUGGUCCAUCUGGUGGUCAGAAAGGAGAAAAGGGUGAACUGGGCGAAGCAGGAAAACGAGGAAAACCAGGCAAAGACGGCGACCCUGGUCCUCCAGGUUUCCCCGGCGGCAAAGGAGACCAAGGUUCUCCAGGUGUUCCAGGCAGAGACGGAGAAAGAGGUCUAAAAGGAGAUCGUGGAUAUCCAGGUCCACCAGGAGUGGUGAUCGGUGGUCAGACCGGAGGUCGCGUUGGUGAUAAAGGUGAACCUGGUUUCCCGGGAUCCCCCGGACUUAAAGGAGAACGAGGACCAGGAGGUUUAACUGGACCUCCCGGAUCACCAGGACUCCCAGCCAUCGGCGGCAGCGGUCAGCCUGGAACCCCUGGCUACCCCGGAGAGAGAGGUCAGAAGGGAGACACUGGCGACCCAGGCAUCGCUCUGCCAGGACCACCGGGACGUCCAGGAACACCCGGUCCACAGGGUCAACAAGGACCUCCUGGACCUCCGGGCUUUUCCUCCGGACAGAACUGCGUCGGUGGAGAACCCGGACGCCCCGGUGUGCAGGGAGAGCGAGGUUACCCGGGAGAGAGGGGGCAGAAAGGUAAUAAAGGCGACACCUGUGUCAACUGCUUUGGUGGAACCAGCCCAAUUCCAGGACCACAAGGACCUGCUGGACCAGCCGGACUCCCCGGAAUUCCCGGCAGCCCAGGAACCAAAGGAGACAGAGGAUAUCCGGGAUCACCUGGUCCUCUCGGCCAACCUGGUUCCCCCGGUCCUCAAGGUUCUCCAGGGUUCCCAGGAGAGAAGGGAGACCCAGGAGAUGCCAUCACAGUCAGUGGUGUAAGGGGGGAAAAGGGUGACUCUGGUUUCCCUGGAUCACCUGGUCUACCAGGUCUGGAUGGUCGCCCUGGACGCGACGGACAGCCUGGACUUCCUGGGCCCAAAGGAACUCCUGGAUCGCUGCUGGUGAAAGGAGAACGAGGAGUCCCUGGUGAGUCAGGUGCUCCUGGUAUUCCAGGGGACAGGGGUCCCCCAGGUUCCCCCGGCUUUGGACCUCCAGGGGCCUCAGGAGAGAAAGGUGUCCAGGGUGUCUCUGGAAGACCUGGAGCUCCUGGUUUUCCAGGUACUAAAGGUGAACCAGGCCUGACGGUGGCAGAGAAAGGAUUACCAGGACCAAGAGGACUGGAUGGCGAGCCUGGAUUGCCCGGUUCACCAGGUAGCCCAGGUUCACCAGGACAGCCUGGUUUUCCUGGUACACCAGGGGCAAAGGGUGACCCUGGACUCCCAGGCAUUGGACUUCCUGGGCAACCGGGUACUAAAGGAUUCCCAGGUAUUCCUGGACAGCCAGGAUCUCCCGGUGGAUCUGGUAGACCAGGAGUCGAUGGACUCCCUGGCCAGCCUGGAAUUCCUGGACCUAAGGGUGAGCCUGGCUUUGGACUUCCCGGCCCAUCUGGUUUACCAGGAGUUCCUGGAUCUAAAGGUUUCCCUGGACCAAAGGGAGAUCCUGGUUACCCUGGCGGCCCUGGUUCACCUGGAAGAUCUGGACUAGAUGGUGGACCAGGAUCAAAAGGUGAACCUGGUACUCCUGGCAUCCCUGGAGCUCGUGGUCCACCUGGAAGCCCCUCCAUUGGUUCGUUGGGUACACCAGGCGCUCCUGGACCUCCAGGCCCAGUAGGACCACCAGGUUACCCUGGAUCAAAUGGACAGAAGGGAGACCCAGGCCCUCCAGGUCUUGAUAUCCCAGGUUUGCCAGGAGAAAGAGGGACUCCUGGUAUUCCUGGUUCUCCAGGACCUGGCGGAACCCCUGGACCUCCUGGGGGACCUGGACGGGAUGGCCUGCCUGGACUGUCAGGUCAGAAAGGAGACAUGGGUCCAAUGGGAUCUCCAGGACCAUCUGGAGGACCAGGAGGCCCAGGAGGACCAGGGGGCCCUGGAAAUAAGGGUGAACCUGGAUUCCCAGGAAGAGACGGAUCACCCGGUGGUCCUGGCCUUAAAGGAGAGAGGGGUGAGAAUGGUGUUCAGGGACCUCCAGGUUUGUCUGUGACACCAGUGACCACAAAAGGUGACAAAGGAGACUCAGGACUACCAGGGGCACCAGGUUUUCCAGGUCAGAAAGGCAUCUCUGGUCUUCCUGGGGAUCCUGGCCUGCCAGGAUCAGAUGGUCGCCCUGGACUCCCGGGACCAUCAGGUCCUAAGGGAGAUCCUGGUAUACCAGGAAGCCCAGGCGGCCCUGGUGGACCAGGAGCAAAAGGCAGCAUGGGAGAAAUGGGAUUUCCAGGACCAUCAGGGCAGAAGGGUCUACCAGGUCAACCAGGGAGGUCAGGGCCAUCAGGACAACCAGGAUCACCAGGUUUUCCUGGAGCCAAAGGUGAACCAGGGUCUGCUGGGGUUGGACCACCUGGAAUAGCUGGACAAAAGGGUGAGCCAGGCCAGCCAGGGUUCCCAGGAAGUCCAGGACUCAAGGGAGGUCCAGGAUCAUCUGGUCUCCCAGGUUUACCGGGAGGACCAGGUCCCAAAGGAGAUCCUGGCCUCCCAGGAUUCCAAGGUUCUCCUGGUAUCCCAGGUCCCAAGGGUCUCGAUGGUGGACCAGGUGCACCAGGUCUCAAUGGAGCUCCUGGUAGACCAGGAGAGUCUAGCCGACCAGGAUCACCCGGUUUGCCAGGAGAGAAGGGUCAGGCAGGUCGUGACGGUAUCCCAGGGCCUGCUGGAAUCAAAGGAGAGCCAGGGCUUCCUGGUUUUGGUGGUCCUGGUCCUUCUGGGCUUCCUGGGUUGCCAGGUGCUAAGGGAGACCCAGGUCUUCCUGGUCCCUCUGGGAGUCCUGGUUUCCCUGGUCCUAAAGGAGAUGCUGGCUUUCCUGGAAACCCAGGUUCUCCAGGAAACAUCGGUCCUCCUGGGCCUCAAGGACUGGCUCUGCAGGGCCCUAAAGGACAAUCAGGUCCCCCUGGACCACCUGGAAGAGCAGGUCCCUCAGGUCCUGCAGGUCCUCAGGGUCCUCAGGGUGCACGUGGACCAGCAGGAAGUGGCGGCAUCAAGGGAGAGAAGGGUAUUUCCGGCGCUCCAGGUCAGCCGGGCUUCCCGGGACAGAAGGGAGAGUUUGGUACUCCAGGAUUCCCUGGUCCUUCUGGUCUUCCUGGUAGUCCUGGUAUAAAAGGAGACAUUGGUCUGCCUGGUGUUCCUGGAUUCCCCGGACCAAAGGGAGACUCAGGUCUCCCCGGUGGAAAUGGUCUUCCGGGAGCACCUGGAGACGAGGGACAGCGUGGCCUUCCUGGUGACCCUGGCAUAGCUUCAGCUCCCAUUGUUGUGAAGGGGGAGCAGGGACCUCCUGGUCCUCCAGGCCUGCUCGGUCCUCGUGGACCACCUGGUGCUUCUGGACGUGAAGGACUCCCAGGUCAGCCUGGAAACCCUGGAGACCCUGGUCUGGAAGGUCCUCCAGGAUUCAGCGGCCCACCUGGUAGGAAGGGAGAUCCUGGACCCGCCGGUCAGCCCGGUCAGCGUGGCUUCCCUGGUCCUCCUGGUUCAGAUGGUCCUCAAGGAUCUCCUGGUGUUCCAGGAACGGCCUCUGCAGCCCAUGGAUUCCUUGUCACCCGACAUAGCCAGAGUCAGGAAGUUCCCUUCUGUCCUGAUGGAACAAGCCCCAUCUAUGACGGAUACUCCCUGCUGUACGUGCAGGGCAACGAGAGAGCUCAUGGACAAGACCUUGGCACGGCGGGGAGUUGUUUGCGCAGGUUCACCACCAUGCCCUUCAUGUUCUGCAACAUCAACAACGUCUGCAAUUUCGCUUCCCGCAACGACUACUCCUACUGGCUGUCCACUCCUGAGCCCAUGACAAUGUCCAUGGCCCCCAUCACCGGAGAGGGUAUCAAGCCUUACAUCAGCAGGUGUGCAGUGUGUGAAGCUCCCGCCAUGGUGAUCGCAGUCCACAGUCAGACCAUCCAAAUUCCUUCAUGCCCGACACAAUGGGAUACUCUGUGGAUAGGAUACUCCUUCAUGAUGCACACCAGUGCGGGAGCAGAGGGCUCCGGUCAGGCCCUGGCCUCCCCCGGCUCCUGCCUGGAGGAGUUCCGUAGCGCCCCCUUCAUCGAGUGCCACGGCAGAGGGACGUGCAACUACUACGGCAACUCCUACUCCUUCUGGCUGGCGACUGUAGAACAAUCUGAGAUGUUCAGGAAGCCUCAGUCGGAGACCCUGAAGGCAGGGAACCUACGAACCCGCGUCAGCCGCUGCGUGGUCUGCAUGAAGAGGACGUAACGGCACCCGGUGAUGAGCCCGCCCACUUUUCCCAGGGAGUCAAACAUGAUUGGACGACGAGGGAGACAAGUAGUAGUAGUAGUAGUAGGAGGGGGGAGGGUGGUGGUGUUGGUCGCCACGGCGACAAGGUGGAAUUCCAAUGGUGCAUUGUCUUCCGAAAGAGGAAAACAAAAACAAAAAAAACAACCUUUGACUUUAACAAUGGUGCUACUGUGCGACACAGCUUAAAAAAACCUGAUGCAAAACAAAUCUUAACAUUCAGCCUUUGUCUUUCUUAAGAAGUACCUCAGAAAUUAUAAUAUAAAUAUAUAUCUAUCUUCACUUAAAGGUGCCAUGACGGACGUGUGACAGCAAAAGUGCUUCUUUUCCCCCACUCUUUUCCCUUCUUUUUUUAGAGGAUCAUUCGUCGUUUUUCAUGGGAUGCAACGCUAUCGGAAUCCGAUAAAACCCCCGGUACGAUAUUUGCCACAGUACUGCGAUCGUGAUUGAGAUGCGUGAAGCAGCCGGCGAAGUCAAAGCUCCACUGUGUAAGAGUUAGCGACAUCUAGUGGUGAGACUGCAGACUGCAAUAAAUUCACCCCUUCUUCUUUAUCUUUUUGAGAACUACGGUGGCUUUCACAGACAUAUGUCGGCACAAACUGGUGGCCUCCGUAAACCGAGGCCCACACCCUACGAGAACCAAACCACUUUUUAUUUUGAAGCGCAAUAAUCGCGUCUAAAUGUUACGCGGUUGGAUUUUUGAAUCAUUUUCAAGCGGCGGAGUGCAAAUGAUUGUGGGUACUUCCUCCACUCUGCUUCACUACAGCUGAUACGAAACACGCCAUACGUUUUUUUUUGUUCUCAGGAUAUCGUGAAAAUGACGAUAACUUUUCAUCCCGUUUUUAGUUGUUUUUUUUCUUUGUCGGUGCAACAAAUGCGCGACUGUUUGUUCACUCACUCACUCACUCAUUCACUCAUUCAUUCAUUCACUCACCAUUGCUGCAUUUUUGUUCUGUUUUUUUUUUUCUUCGUGGAAAACGAGGACUGGAUUGUUACCAAAUCGGCACUUUGACUUCGGAACAUCCAACGAUGCGAUGCACUGAUGACGAACUUUUCCUUAACGAGACUCUCUCUCUCGCUCUUUCGA